CACCACCCACUCCACGAAGCCGACGCCGUUGCACGCCUUCUUUGCCGCCGCCGCUCGCCCUUGCCGCCGCCGCCGACGCUGAUGCUCGCCCCUGCUGCCGCCGCAGACGCCGCCCCUGUCUCUGUUUUUCUUUUUUCUUUUGCUUCUUAGAUAAAUAGAAGAAUGGUGGUGUAGAUCUGACAAAAAUGUAAAUAGUUUUAGAAGAAGAAGAAAAGUAAGGGUAAACUGGAGGAGGGGUGAGUAAAGGGUUCUCAUAUGGCUACUUUCCCUGAGGACCACUGUCAUCAAAUCCUGAGAAAAUGAGAGAGAGAAAAAACCAGAGGAAAUUAAAAAAUCUCUAGUUAACGUAUUGACAAUUUUUGCUAUUAAACAAUGGUUAGAGGACCUGCAACUACUAUUUUAAGGAUUUACUCUUCAAGAAAAUGUGCCCACCGGUUUAGGAUUUUUACAUGGAAUCGGUCGCUACAUUCUGUUGGACAUUAUGAUGAUCAUAGAGUUCUCCAAAGUAACCCAGAGCCUCCUUUCUCAAGAACAGCAAACCAAGUUUGGUUUAGAUUGCUUUCUCAUAGCCCAAAGUUUGGAGUCUUUAAUAAUUUCAAUGUGAGACAGUUCUCAUUGAUAAGUGAGCACGAGGAAGAUAAGGAAAGUGACGAUAGUGUAAAUGGUUCAAAUGUGGUGGAAGUUGGGGAGUAUGAUGCAGAUGUUGGAAAAAAUAUUUGCUUUGAGAAUGAUACUUGGUAUUCAAUGAUGGUUACGGGUGGGGAUGGCUUCAAUGAGGGUAGUAUUUGUGGUUCCCUUGUGGAUGAUUCAAAAAAUAGUGAUGAUGACCUAAAAUUAACGAAACUGAGGAGCGAUGAGAGCGUCAGAUCAUGUGAUCCUGUUGCAUUAUAUCGUGAGCUUCGAAGUGUUGAAAUGGGUGGUGCAAAGCUAGAACAAUCUGAAUGGUUAACUCUUCAAGAAGUAUUUCGCUACUUUGUCAAUUCUGGUUGGGCUUGCAAUCAGGCCCUUGGUAUUUACAUUGGUAUGUCAUUUUUUCCAACAGCUGUACAUAAGUUUCGAAGCUUUUUCUUCAAGAAAUGCUGUACUGGUGUUGGCAAAUAUUUGGUGUUUCUUGGUCCGUCAGAUGAUGCUGUCAAAUUCCUUUUCCCAAUAUUUGUUGAAUAUUGUUUAGAAGAGUUUCCAGAUGAGAUUAAGCGGUUUCGAAGUAUGGUUGAUUCAGCUGACCUUACUAAGCCACACACUUGGUUUCCGUUUGCACGAGCAAUGAAACGUAAAAUUAUAUAUCAUUGUGGUCCAACUAAUAGUGGUAAAACCUACAAUGCUUUGCAAAGGUUUAUGGAAGCGAAGAAAGGGAUUUAUUGUAGUCCUCUUAGGUUAUUGGCCAUGGAAGUGUUUGAUAAGGUGAAUGCGCAUGGUGUUUAUUGUAGCCUUCUCACUGGGCAAGAAAAGAAGCUUGUACCAUUUUCUAGUCAUGUUGCCUGUACGGUUGAAAUGGUGUCAACAGAUGAGUUGUAUGAUGUUGCUGUCGUUGACGAGAUUCAGAUGAUGUCAGAUCCAUAUAGAGGAUAUGCAUGGACAAGGGCCUUGCUUGGAUUGAAAGCUGAUGAGAUUCAUUUAUGUGGGGAUCCUAGUGUUCUAAAUGUUGUACGGAAAAUUUGUUCAGAAACUGGGGAUGAGUUGCUUGAACAUCACUACGAGAGGUUUAAGCCAUUGGUUGUUGAAGCUAAAACACUUCUAGGUGAUCUUAGAAAUGUUAGAUCCGGUGAUUGUAUUGUUGCCUUUUCCAGAAGGGAGAUAUUUGAGGUUAAGUUGGCAAUUGAAAAACUCACCACACAUCGAUGUUGUGUUAUUUAUGGAGCAUUACCACCGGAGACUCGUAGACAUCAAGCAAAUUUGUUUAAUGAUCAAGAUAAUGAAUUUGAUGUGCUUGUUGCCAGUGAUGCGGUGGGAAUGGGCCUAAAUCUUAAUAUUAGGAGAGUGGUGUUUUAUAACCUUGCAAAGUACAAUGGGGACAAGGUUGUGCCUGUUCCUGCUUCACAAAUUAAGCAGAUUGCUGGAAGAGCUGGGCGCAGAGGAAGUCGCUAUCCAGAUGGACUUACAACCACAUUAAAUUUGGAUGAUCUUGAUUACUUGAUUGAGUGUUUGAAACAACCUUUCGAUGAUGUUAAGAAAAUCGGUCUCUUUCCUUACUUUGAGCAGGUUGAGCUGUUUGCUGGGAAAGUCUCUAAUCUUACAUUUUGCCAGCUACUGGAAAAAUUUAGUGAGAACUGUCGUCUCGAUGGUUCUUACUUUUUGUGCCGGCAUGAUCAUAUAAAAAAAGUUGCAAAUAUGUUGGAGAAGGUCCAAGGGUUAUCUCUUGAAGAUCGUUUUAACUUUUGUUUUGCCCCUGUUAAUGUUAGAGAUCCGAAGGCAAUGUACCAUCUUUUGAGGUUCGCUUCAUCAUAUAGUCACAACGUUCCUGUGAACAUUGCGAUGGGCAUGCCAAAGGGUUCUGCUCGAAAUGAUUCAGAGCUGUUGGAUCUUGAGACAAAGCAUCAAGUAUUGUCAAUGUAUCUUUGGUUGUCACAGCAUUUCAAGGAGGAAACUUUUCCUUAUGUGAAGAAGGCUGAGGUGAUGGCAACGGAUAUUGCUGACUUGUUAGGUCAAUCUUUGACAAAAGCUAAUUGGAAACCAGAAUCAAGGCAAGCUGGUAAACCUAAGCCUCAGCACAAAGAAGGGAAUGAAAAUCCAAGGUCUCCCGUGAGAUUGUAUGAGAAGCAAGUCAUCUGUGUUUUAGAUUCUUGAGUUGGUAUGGGGAGACUGAAGAAAAGAUACCAUCAUGCUUCAUCCUGAGAUCAAUCUCAAGAGGUACUGUAAAUGCAAAAGAUGGAGAUUGUAACUCAAAGAGAAGGAAGCCGCAGAUUGGGUUUAUGGUGGCAAAGUAGCCACUAAUAUUGUCCUUGCUCUUUGACUCAUCUCCAACUCUUAUUGGAACAGUUAUUCAUAUACAUAAGGCUCCUACCAACAACGCAUAGUGCACGAGGAGUCGAGAUACUUGUGGAGGUGAGAUAGAACAAGCCGAAGGAUAUCACUUCUUCGUAGUACGAGAAUGAUUUUGAUAUCUAAAAACUGAAUCGAUUUCAUUCAACAUUUGAUUUAAAGAACUAAGCUUAUUCUCGUGUAAGUAUGUCGCGAUGGAUGGUAUAGGGUCUAUAGUACCCCUAGCACUAGACCAUGAAGGGGCCGGGUCAAACCAUUGACAUGGAGGCUCUAUAACGUCAGGAGCUACAAAGACGAUGAGUAAAAAGAUACUAUGACUAUACUGAAGCAAUGGUACUAUUUCAAGAAGUUAUGCUAAACUCACAUCUAUUCUCUCCAUUUGAGUAUAUGGGUAAUACACUUUAGAAAAAUCUUGCUUGCUUACUGAUAAGCAAGAGCUCUAUUUAUGUAUAUAGUUCAUAAUGUUUUGAUAAAUUAGUGAUGCAACAAAUAUUUUUGAGUCAUUAAGAAUUCAUACUUAUUUCUUAUUAGGCAAGUAUUGUUAGUGUAGUUUGGUGGUAGUUAAUAUAUUGUUCUAUGAAUCUCUUUGACA